UGACAGAUGCGAGAGGCUUGAAAAAAAAUAGGAGGCGUGAUAAUUCCUGGUCAACGAAGAACGCAAGAGGGCGCUGUAUAUGUCAGCAAUGGCGACUUACGAGUGGCACCCUAAGCCCAGAAACUACAAUGCAGAGCAGAAGGCUGGCGCUCUGCAGGCAGAGCCAACGGUGGACCACCCACUGAAGCCAGUCAUGGUUUCUGAGAUAAAGAAGCUAGGGCGAGGUAACUCCAGCAAGCAGCUGACAUCCAAGCCCACCCCUAGCCCCGCCUUGGACCCGCUAGCAGACACCAUGGAGGGUCUGGAUCCCCUCUCACAGUUUGCUGCAGCUGCGGCCAUCAAGGUGGCUGACCCCUUGUCUCAGGGUCUGGGGCAAGGCGGUGGAAAAGAUGCUACGGACAGUGGUUCAUUUAACAAGAACCAGCUAGAUGACUCCUUUGAACCCUGGUCUAGCAAGAAAGCCACCAUCCUCAGCAAGUACACAACCUCCGAAAAGCUCUCCAUCACUACAAGCUUCCUCUCAACUGGUGGUCAACAGAAGGUGACUGUCAAGUCACAACCAGCUGGCCAGAGCACUGUCACUGACAAAGUCAAGAACAGACUGGAACAGCUGGAUGAUUUUGAAGAGGGUUCUGUUAGGGAGAUGCUAAACCUGAGCCAGCAGGAUUAUGUUCAUCGGAUCAACGAGUUGAACCAAGCCCUCAUAGCCGCUUGGGAUCAAGAUCAGAAAGUGAAGGCACUCAAGAUAGCCAUACAGUGUUCCAAGCUGUUGGCCGAUACAUCAGUAAUCCAGUUCUACCCCAGCAAGUAUGUGCUGAUCACCGAUAUCCUAGACACAUUCGGAAGGCUUGUGUACGACCGCAUCCGUCGCAAGUCCACCUACAUCCCGUCCGGUGGCACCACCCCUCAGAUGCUGCCUGAGAACUUUGCUCCUCACCAGGUCCCCGACUCAGCCAAAGAGACGUGCCGUAAUUGGUUCUUCAAGAUUGCUUCGAUCAGAGAACUCAUUCCAAGGCUCUAUGUGGAGGCAGCCAUUAUGAGUUGUUACAGCUUCUUAACAACUGAUGAGUAUGAGCAAGCGUUGCUACGACUGACCAAUCAAAUGAGAGGUGUAGGAGAUCCACUGGUAGCCAUCUAUGCAAGGGCAUAUCUCUGUCGGGUUGGUGUGGCUGUAGCUCCCAAUGUGCGCACUCAUCUGAUCAACAACUUCUAUGAUUUCCUGUCUUCCUACUCCCAGCUUCGGGGUGACAGUGUUCAGAAUAUCCUAGCCAUCCAACGUCUUGAGAUGGCCAACUAUCUGUCCCUCUACUCACCGGCCCUGGACUGGAUACUACAGUGCAUUGCACACCAUGCCACCGAGGAUAUUUUAACAGAAAUUCUGGCCAAAUGCAAGAAGCAAUGCAACACUGCAUUGCUGUUGAACUCCAUCAUGUCUGCCUUCAAGCCUGAGUUUAUCGCCAGCAGGGCGUUAGGCUUCACUGAGCUCAGCAAGGAAUGCGAAGAAGCUGGAUUCCCAAAGCACCACUUGUAUCGAUCUCUUGGCACCAACUUGGCACUGGCUAAUCCACCACAGCAGCAGCGAUUGUCAGUACUCAACGAAGUCUGGAAGACUGUCAUGAAAUUACGUAAACCUGAGGACUACAUCAGCUGUGCUGAGGUCUGGAUAGAAUAUCCAUGCAGGCAUUUUACUAAGAAAGAAGUGAACACUAUCCUAGGUGACAUCAUCAAGCACAUGACCCCAGACCGUGCAUUUGAAUCAUUCUAUCCGCAGUUGCAGUCUGUGAUGUCAAAAGUCUUGGGUCAUAUCAAGGACUUCUCUGUCUUGCUAUCAAUGGACAAGUUCAUGCCCAUGGUGGACAUGUUCCAGAAGGACGUGGUCAAGGUGGAGCUGUGCCGUACCAUCAUGGAGGCCUUCUGCCGUAACCAAGAGAAACCAACCAAUGAUCCAGUCAUCAUCAAUGCUCUCAUGUUUGUCUGCAAGACCAUGCACGACUCCCUCAAUGCUCUGUCUUUAGAAGAUGAUGUCAGAGAGAUUGGCCGAUUGAUUGCUGGAUUCAUCAGAAAGAUUUCCUUUGGGCGGGACUUUGAGCAGCAGUUGAGCUUCUACGUCGAGUCUCGCGCCAACUUCAGUAAUAUUGACAGUGUGCUGGUUGCACUGGUUCAGUGUGUGAAUCAGUUGGCGACAGAGACGAGAACAGUCAUGAAGGGAAACCACUCCAGGAAAACAGCUGCAUUUGUCAGGGCUUGUGCAGCGUAUUGUUUCAUCACCAUUCCUUCCAUCGUGGACAUCUUCCAUCGGCUCAAUCUCUACCUUCUGUCUGGUCAGGUGGCCUUACUCAACCUGGCGCUGACGCAAGCCGAUGCGUUCUUCAAGGGUGCCAUCAGUCUGAUACCUGACAUUCCCAAGACCAUGGUGAUUGACAAUAAAUCACGCUCCACCGAACCGUUUCUUCUGAGUUACAUCAACAACUUCCUGUCCACACUCCUCGUUGUGCCUGAUAACCCUGAGCACGGUGUUCUGUACUUGGUUCGUGGUCUUCUCAACGUCAUACAGGAUUAUGUGUGGGACACAAGCAGCGACACUAAGGCUUGGGUGUUUCUGAAUGUCAUCAGUUUGUUGUCUGCGAGCUGUCAGGAGCAGUACAUCUACCAUGUCAAGAACGUUGACUCCAAUGAUGUCCUGUACGGAAGUGACAAGAAGUUCCUAGCUGAGGUGUCUGUAUUGUGCGGCACACUCAUCACGUCUAUCCUGGAGCACUGCAAAACAUUGGCUCAGUCCGAGAAUGGUCAAAAGAGACAGUCCCAACUUGCCAUGGAGUUCUUCAAUCGCAUCUUGGUGCACGGUGACAUCUCCCAACCAGAGAUAUCAUCUUUGGCUCUCAAUCUAUGGAAUCUGGCCCAGAAACAUGGACAAGCUGAUACUAAAUACAUGGUGCGAACGCUGGAGUAUGUCAAAACCAAAGGUGGUCAGGCUGGAGGGAAAGCCUACAGAGAUCUUGCUGCAUCUAUGCCACUGCAGUCAAGGACGUAAAGUCAGGCUU